AUGUUCAUUGCCGGAGUUUCAACCUCUAUAGGUGCUGAUUCGGACGUCAAUCUCAUCAAAGCCAAAGCAAGUGUCUUUAACUUGAACCUCGGUCUUGGUAUUGACAUAGAUGUUGGGAUCAAAGAUGAGUUCCUUGACUUGAUGAGGUAUUCAGAUCGGGUGCAAGGCGUCAAUCUCGAUGUUGAUAACACUGUCAACUUCUCGCCUCAUACAGCUUCAAGCCCUUCUAAUGCCGACUGA